CUUUUGGCGCGCGCUGGAUACAAACACACCGCCGGAGUGACGUCCAGGUGGUGUUGUUACGUACAGUAUUUGCAACCAAAGGGCAUUAGCUAACAUGGAUCUCACUAAAUUCGAAGAAGAUAACUCCAAAAGCUGUCGUUUGGCAUCUGCAAUACCUGAAGUGUGCAAAACUACAGAUUGCUGUCUGGGAAUUGAUGAAGCAGGCCGAGGACCUGUGCUUGGGCCUAUGGUUUAUGGCAUAUGCUUCUGUCCCAUAUCUAUGAAAAAGGAUUUGGAAAAUUUGAAGGUUGCAGAUUCAAAGACACUGUCUGAAGAUGAGAGGGAGAAACUCUUUGCAAAGCUGAGUGAGGCAAACAGUUAUAUAGGAUGGGCCAUACAGAUCUUGUCUCCCAACAGCAUUUCGACAAGCAUGUUGCAGAGAGCAAAGUAUAACUUGAAUGCAAUUUCUCAUGAUACUGCUAUUGGACUGGUUCAGUAUGCAUUGGAUUGUGGAGUGCAACUUAAAGAAGUAUUCGUUGAUACAGUGGGACCGGCAGAAAAAUAUCAAGAAAAGCUCUCAAAAAUAUUUCCUGGUGUGGAUGUCACUGUAAAAGCCAAGGCUGAUGCUCUCUUUCCAGUUGUUAGUGCAGCUAGUAUUUGUGCCAAAGUUGCUCGAGAUCGUGUGGUGAAAUCCUGGAAGUUUAUAGAAGAUUUAGAUGUGGACGUGGAAUAUGGCUCGGGUUACCCAAAUGAUCCCAAAACUAAAGAGUGGUUGGCUAAAUACAUGGAUCCAGUGUUUGGGUAUCCUCAGUUCGUUCGUUUCAGCUGGAGCACUGCACAGUCAAUUCUGGACAGCAAAGCAGUGCCAGUGCACUGGGAUGAUGAUGAAGAGAAUGGAGAGAAAGCUGCAGCCAAACAAAACUGCCAGUCAGUGUUGUCCUAUUUCGCAAGGAAGAAAUCUGGUGACACAAAGAGGGAGCCGCACCGCUACUUCACUGAGAGGAAGCUGGAGACUGUAUCCAGUUUAUAACGGGGGCUAGUGCAGAGGUGCCAUACUUACGCAACAGCUGGCUAUGUUAGCCAUAUCCAAGUUCCAACUUUGAUCAUUGACCAUGGGCUUGAUCCAUGAGGAGACCUUGUUCUGCUGAUGUUGGAGUUUUCAUUUCUUGUAUCUUUUAAAAAUGUUUUUAAAGGAUGUCUUGUUCCUUUAAAGUACAUAAAUAAAAGAUACCUCUGAGUUCAUCAUCAAAUCGGAUAUUGACCCUUUAGUGCUAGUUACAUAUAUAUAUCAGAAAACACAUUAACUUCAAAUGAAGUAAUUCUUCCCAAGUUUAAUAAAAUGCUUAUUUUUAAG